GAGCUAGCUAGCCAGCCAGCCAGUCAGCUAGAGCAAGGAACGUGCGAGGUGCGCCCACAUGGCCGGAGUAAGCGGCAGCGGCCUCGGGAUCAGCGACUACCUCGACCGCCCCAACGCCAUCCACCGCCGCACCGCGUCGCUCGCCAUCGCGCGGUCCGGCGACGACGGCCCGCGCAUCGUGGACGGGGCGGGGCGGGAGGGCCGGCGUGCGCGCUCGUCGCGCCUCUCGCUCUCCUCCUGGCUCGGCCCGCGCUCCAGGCCUCCUCCGCACAAGCACGCCGACGACGACGAGGCGGCGUCGGCGGACUCGCGGAGCCGGGAGCCCACACCCGACCGGACCGUCACAUCGCAGCCGUCGUCCGCGUGGCGCAGCUGGAAGCCCGUGCGCGCGCUGGCCCACAUCGGGAAGCGCCGGGCCGGGUGCCUCUUCUCCGUCGAGGUGGCGGCGGUGCGCGGCGUGCCGGCCUCCAUGGACGGCCUCCGCCUCGCCGUCGCCAUCCGCAAGGCCGAGACCAGGGACGGCGCGAUGCAGACGAUGCCGGCCCGCGUGUCCCGCGACGGCUCCGCGGAGUUCGACGAGACGCUCUUCGUCAAGUGCAACCUCUUCUUCACCGGCGGGCCGGGCACCGGGAAGCCGCUCAAGCUCGAGCCGCGCCGGUUCGUGGUGUCCGUCGUCCCCGUCGAGGCGCCGGACAUCCGGCUGGGCACGUACGCCGUCGACGUCAGCGAGCUCGUGCGCGACUCCCUCCAGAGGAGCAACGAGGGGCGCCGUGUCCGGUGGUUCGACAGGGCGUACGGCCUCGCGGGCAAGGCCGCCGGCGGCGAGCUUCUGCUCAGGCUCGGGUUUCAGCUCAUGGAGGACGCGGGGCUCCGGCUCUACACGCAGGCCGCCGCGGGGCCGGCGGGGACUGGGAAGUCGUCGUCGAGGGACGUGUCCGUGUCGCCCGCUCGCGCCAGGGCUCACAGCAAGAACUCCUUCAGCAUCUCGAGUAGCGGGCCCAAGCUUUCCGCGUCCGACGCGUCCAUCUCGCCUUCCAUGAGAGCCUACAGGCAGCUGCUCGACAGGCUCAACGUCGACAAGCGUGCGGACGACGACGACGAGCUCUCUACCGCCAGCGGCGCCGGCGACGGUGACUACGCCUCCAUCCCGGAGUACGAAGUGGUGGACAAGGGCGUCGAGACGGUCAAGGAGGUCGUCCACUUCCAGGCCCAGCGCGACGUGCUGCGCGAGCUCGACUCCAUCGCCGACCAGAUCGAGGCCAUCGAGGCGCUCAUGGCCAGCGGCGGGAAGAAGUCGCCCAGGGGAACGGGUCAGCAGCCAAACCUCGAUGCUGAUGAAGAAAUGGUCACCGUUGAGUUUCUCAGGAAGCUCGAGGCGGUGGACGACGAUAAGUACAGGAAGCUGAAGCAGCCCAUGACGCCGAGAUCAAGAGAGGCGGCGGCGGCGACUCCGCCGGUGGUGCCAGACUUGGGACAGAGCCUUGGCCCGGCGGUGCAGACGCGCGACGGCGGGUUCUUGCUGUCCAUGAACCCGUUCAACGUGCCUCUGGCAAGCAGAGACGUUCCCCCGAUGCUCGCCAUGCAGCUGUCCAGGCCCUUCGUGCUGCCGAGCGCCAUGGCCGCGACUGGGUUCGACGUGCUCCAGAAGAUGGCUGCCGCGGGCGGCCCUAACGAGGUCAGGGAUAAGUUGGUGUCGCUUGGGGGCAUGGAAAGCCUUACCGGAAAGACGCCCGAGCAGGUAGGUUUCGAGGGCAUUGCGGAGGCCGUUAUCGGCGGACGGCGAACCGAGGGCGGCGCGAGCUCGAGCGCCGCGCGGUCCGUGCAGCUCGUACGGAAGUUCGCCGCAGCAGUGUCCGAGGGCCGGAGGGAGCGCGUCGCCACCGGCAUCUGGAGCGCCGGGAGCGACCCGGAGACGUUGGAGGAGGUGCUCGCAUUCUCCGUCCAGAAGCUAGAGGCCAUGGCGGUUGACGCGCUCAUGAUCCAGGCCGACAUGGCCGACGAGGAGCCGCCGUUCGAGGUAGCACCAGCUGCGGGGGACGUGGACGUGUUCGACGCGCUCGUGCCGUGCGAAGAGUGGUCCGAUACCCGCGGCGUCUCGGACGGCCGCGUUACGCUGGUGGCUGCCAUCCAGCUGCGCGACCCUUCCCGGCGCUACGAGGCAGUGGGCGCUCCGAUGGUCGCCGUCGUGCAGUCGGCGAGGAUGCUGGGCGCGGCCGGGAUCAGCGGCGGGCGGUUCAAAGUGAGGAGCCUGCACGUCGGUGGAGUGCAGACGAGGAGCUCGUCGGGUGUCGGCGGGAGCGCGAGCUGGCGCGCGGAGCGGCAGAAGCUGACGGCGAUGCAGUGGACGGUGGCCCACGGUCCGGGUCGUGCCGGCAAGAGGGUGCAGACGCCGCCGUCGUCUCAGGCAGCAAAGGCGAGGCAGCAGCAGCAACAGCGACCCGACGUGGUAUGGAGCCUGUCGUCCAGGGUGCUCGCCGGGAUGUGGCUCAAGACGGUGCGCAACCCGGACGUGAAGAUCGGCAGCGCCUGACAUGGACGCUUACCGAGCUGCUAUGCCGAUUCCAGUAGUGUCUCGUAGAUCUGUAGACAAAUUUUUUUUAAACAGGGAUAUGUAGACAAUGUAGGCACAUUAAAAUGUGCACUCAAAUAGAGUUCUCAGAAUUGUCAGUGUGUAAAUCCUACUCAUGCUUUAUAUGGGCACUUAUCGUUUCCGGCAUUUUGAAAUAAAUCAUAGGGUCGUUUGAUUCA